CUUUAGAUUUGAGAAUGCCAUUAACUAAAUGGAAAGCAAAUUUCUGUCUUCUUUUUGUGCUGUGCAAAGCCAUUCUAGGCAAUUCAUUGCAACUUUGCUACAUAUGACAUAUCCUAAAUAUCAAUUUUCUUGUCUUGGAAGCAAUGAAGACAUAAAGUAAACUUGGAUUCUUGAAAGAAUAGUCUUGCUUCCUUCUUUUAAAUAGAUACAAGGCACGAGAAAUGAAGCACGUCUUGCACUCUUUCUUUUAAUCACUGUGAAGAAAACUGUUUAGCAACUUGAAGAAAUGGCGGAAGUGCAAUUGCUGAUUGAUGUUACAAAAGAACUACAGAAUAAGUUGGAUACUUCGAUGCAGAACAUCCUAUGGAACAAACGAUCAAUCUACAAAGUACCUGCAUCUGUCACAGUUCUUAACAAAGCAGCGUAUAGGCCCCAGACAGUAUCCCUUGGGCCUUACCAUUACUAUGACGAUCAGCUAAAGCGAAUGGAAGAGCACAAACACCGAGCUCUUCAUUAUUUUCUAGAGAGGUCAGGAAAAUCUCUAGAGCUGUUUCUCCAAUCCUUAAAUGAAGUGGUGCAGGAUUUAAAGGAUUCGUAUGAUCAACUUGAUAAAUCAUGGAAAGAUGAUACGAGCAAGUUCUUGCAAUUGAUGAUUCUUGAUGGCUGUUUCAUGGUGGAAAUUAUGCGCGUUGCUAUUCAACCUUCCAAUAACUAUGCUGCUGAUGAUCCAAUUUUUAGCAGCCAUGGGAGGGUCUAUACGGUGCCAUUUAUCAAGCGUGACAUGUUGAUUGUUGAAAAUCAAUUACCAAUGCUUGUUCUGUACAAGCUUGUUGCUGUUGAAAGUGAUGGGACAAAGGAUGAAGAGUUCGUCAACAAGCUCGUACUCACUUUCUGUAAUGAUCCCGAUGCAAGUGUCUUAAAGUUGGGUAAAUGCUUGCAUGUGUUGGAUUUAUAUAGGAAGAGCCUGAUUCAGAAAGACCCCAACCGGAAAAGGCAUCAACCCAGAGUAAGGGGUGGACUACAUAAAGAUGCCAAUGAUAUUGUUCGGUCUGCAGCAGAGAUCAAUGAAGCUGGAAUCAGGUUCAAGAAAAGUAAAACUAAAAGCCUAAAAGACAUUUCGUUCCACCAUGGGGUCCUUGAGCUUCCUGCCGUCGUGGUGGACGAUGUAACUGAGGCACUCCUUUUGAAUUUGAUGGCCUUCGAACGCUUCCAUGUUGGUGCAGGAAACGAGGUUACUUCUUAUGUCUUCUUCAUGGACAACAUCAUUGACAAUGAGAGGGAUGUUUCUCUCCUACACUCAAGAGGGAUCAUCCAGAACGCCAUCGGAAGUGAUAAAGCUGUUGCUAAACUGUUCAACUCUCUUUCCAAGGACAUUGCACUGGACCCAGACAGCAGCCUAGAAUUGGUGCAAAGGCAGGUCAAUGCCUACUGCAAGAAGCCUUGGAAUGCCUGGCGUGCCAACCUAAUCCAAACCUAUUUCAGAAAUCCAUGGGCGAUCCUAUCUAUUGUUGCUGCACUCAUCCUCUUCGCGCUCACAAUUGUUCAGACUGUAUAUACUAUAUUACCUACUGCAACGCCUUCCUCCUGACCUCCUAGUUGUCCUCCUACGACACUCGCUUAGUUUAAUUAUCUACUGCAAUUUCAUGUAAUGUUUUUCACUACAAUUUUUUGUUUAAACCAAAACUGAACUUCUUUCGUUGUUGAA